UUCUCCCAGACCGAGCCGGAUUCCAACUCCUUCCCUGAAACCGUCAACAAACUCUCUCCCUGUCCCCCCCCCCAUCUCUCCCUCUCUCUCUCUCUCUCCCAUCGUGGAGACGCCAAGAGCUUAUAUGCUUCGAACCCAGCGAGCGGCGUUGGUGGCGGAGAAGAAGAAGCCGAAGCGGCGGCCGAUCAGAGCCCUCCCCGGGUUUUCUAGGAAUGGGGGAGGCGGAAAGGAAUCGUUGGGGAGAUCGGGAGGUCGGAGAGGAGUCCAUGUGCGGAUUGCUGCCGGCUGUCGGAGGACUGGGGGAGGUUCUUGGGAGCCCUCAGGACGGUUGUGAUUGUUUGUUGUUAGAUAGGACUGAAGGAGAGGAAUGUGAGCCCCGGCCAGCCCCGGAGAAGGUUGGUGAGCCCUUGGAUGGCAAUGGUGCUACUGGUGAUCAGGCAUUGGAUGGGUUUCAUGAUGCUGGUCAUGUGGGUCUGGAGAAUGAUUAUCUGGUGGCUGGUCGGACAGAUGUCUCGGAUGUAAAAGAGGGAGCUUGCUCUCCUACUUGCAAUGAUAGUGUGGCUUCUGCGCAUUUUGAGAAUGGUGCAAGGGCGUUGGUUGAGGAGGAGGAGGAGGAGGUGGUGGAAGAUGGUUGUGGGCAUUUUGUGGGGGCUGAGGAAGAAAGUGGGUUUGUCGUUUUACAAGAAGAACCCGUGGUGGGAACUCCCAAGACGGUUAAUAAGGAAGAUUGCAGCGCUGGUCAUGCGUGUGUUGAGAAUGGUCUCCAAAUGAGCAAUGAUUUGGAAGUUAGGGAACUGGAGGAGAGAGCUUCCUCUCCUCCUUGUGAUGGCUAUCGCGUUAUGGUGGAUAGCAACAAUAGCUUGGGAGUAUCAGUUAAGGAGGUAGACAAGGUGGGGGAAGGUUGUAGGGGGGUUGUGGAGGCUAAGGAAGAGAGCAGGCACCUUGUCUUAGAAGAGGGGCCCUCCCAGGAGACUUCCAAGAUGGUUUUUAGGGAAAAGUUCAGCACUCAUCAUACACUUGUUGAAAUUGGUCACCUUGUGCAAAGUGAUGCAAAUAUUACCGAACAGGUGGAGCCAGGCUUCUCUCCUACUUGUGAUGGCCAUGGUACUUCUGACGAUAUUGGGAAUUGCUCUGAGGUAUUAGUUAAGGAGAACAAGGAGGUGAAUGACGGUUGUGGGAGGUUGGGGGCUGAGGAAGAGAGGAGGCAUCUUUCCGCAGAACAGAGACCUUCAGUUCAGACUCCGAAGAUGGUUAAUGGAGAAGAGAAUGAAGACUUUCCAGGUCUGUCACCGCUGAGAACAUUGGAGGGAGAUGGUUCUCGGAAUUCUCCUGGAAUUGCGAUUGGAUUAGAAGGUGGAUACAUUGCUGGAUUGUUUGAUGACAUUAAAGACUGCAGCAGAUGUGAUGAUGCCCUUCUUGUUUCUUCUGAGCUGACAGCAGAUUUCUCCUUGAUAAAAACAAGUGAGGACACCACUAAACAUGUAGGUAGGUUUUGCUGUCCUCAUCUUUCUAGGGAUUGCUUGGAUACUUCAACAAACUGCAAUAUCAUGAUUUGCGCAAAUGAUGGAGGCGGUGAGGAGAAUCAGCUGUUAAGCCCACAAUCUGGUUAUUGUCUGAGCAUGGAGUUUAAGGGAGCACAGAAGGAGCAGCACGAAUCUGAAUCUGAAUCUUGCAGUCCUUCAGAUGGAAUUAUUAUUCCCCAGAGAGGCAGUUGCCAGAACUUAAUGCAGGGUUCACCUGAUGAAGUGGGAUCUUGCUCUGUUGUGGAAGGAUCAUCCUCUCAGCAAUCAUAUCAUCCAUUUACUGCUGCAGAAAAUCAUCCUUCAGAUUACUCAUUGGGGCCAGAAUUCAUAGGGAACGAUUCUGAUGCUUGCAACAUAACAUCAACUUGCUGUAAUAAUGGAAAAUAUCCUUGUGGACAGUUGAGUGACAGAGGUAUGGUCAAUCCAAAACCUGUUCCAUUAAUUGUCUUCAGGCGUACAAACCCUAAACGUGCUGCUUCCUUGAGGAAUAACCUUAGUGAAGAGAGGCUGGAUCCAUUAAGUAGAAAUAGAAAUAAUGCAAGGAAAAGCAGGAAAGCAAUUGACACUAGCACAUCAAUUUCAAGCAGCACUUUUAAUAUCUUAAACAAAGUAACAAGGAAAAGAAGCUGCUUUGACAGACUGGUACGACAUUCUGUCUGGGGGAAGGCUGAAAACAUUUUAAGGAUAUUCAAGCAAAAUGGUGAGCUUGGAAGAUCUGAUUCUGAUCGAACUCAAAUUCAGAACAAAAGGUCAAGGAAAGGGAGGCAUGGGGCAGGUAGAAAGCUACAAAAUACAACUCAGAAAGAUGGGAGUUUUAGAUUGUCAAAAACCAAAUGUGCUGUUCCAACCAAUUUUAUGCAUAUAAAGGAUCAGAUGUAUGUGCAACCUACGUUUCCUGCUCUGGUUUAUUCACAAGCUUCAGCAGAAACCAAUAAUAUGUGCCUGCCAUUAAAUUCCUGUACCAAUUCUGGUAUUUCCAGUAAAGUUGACGUUGAACACAAAGUGGCAGAAGAUAGGCAUGUGAUGGGACUCAAGUCACUUCAACGAGAUGGACAGCUUGGAGACAAGGAUGUGGAAAGUACUUUGACUCACGAAACAUCUGUUGGUAAAAUGCUGGGUGAGUGCCCUGGGGUUUCAUCUCGAGUAGGGUCUGAGACAUUGGUGGAAGCCAUCAACAAGAGGCACUCAUUAGAUCCAGGAUCAUCACCAGACUCUGAUGUUUAUAACCCUGUUGUGGAUAUUGGUGUUGUGGUUAGUGAGGCUGCCUUGUCAACAAGCCCAGAUGCUGGAGUGGUUCCAAGCAUACUUGUUCCUGUACCUGUGGUUCAAGAUGACCUGCAUGCUGCUGCUUUGACUGACUUCAAAACUAUUCUGAGUCCUGUAUCUUGUCUGUCUAUACAGCCAAAGGCCAAUACUAAGAAAGGAAAGAAAGGAAAGAAAGGGAAGAAAGGUCUUGAAGCCAAUGUUACAACAUGCACCAUAUCAGAACAUCCUAUUAUUGAAGAAAAGUUGCUUGGUCUAGAAAGCCUGAACAAUGCUAGUGUGCCUUUAAAGUUCAGUAGGCGUAAAUGUAAAAAGCAAAGUGGCCCUGAUGAAGGAACUCCUGUAUGUUCUAAGUCCAUCAAGAAAUCUGCUAGAAAAGCUUCAAAAGAUAAGACCUUUCCUGUGGAUUCUGCGGUGCUUGGAAUGGUUGAACGUGAGAGGUUUGAAGAACAUAUGAAAAAGGAAGUGGGUUACAAGAUGUGGCCAUUGCCUGGGUUUGAUAUUGGGGAUAGAAAGUCAGAAGGUGGAACAUUGGGGGCCUCACUGCUGACUGAUAAAAUUAAAGGGCAUAAACUUCCUAGAAGUACCAAUUCCAGGGUGAGUAAGGGCAGUUCGGGUAAAACUAUGGCAACAAGGUGCAAGAGAAAGGAUGUUCAUGGUCCGAAGAAGAAUAGUGCAAGGAAGUCAGCCAAUAAGAGCAGAAGCAAGGAGAAAAGUCAAACACUUGAUUCUUGCUUAGAAGAAAGUCGGAGCGUGGGCUUGUCUUCAAGGGCAGCUAAUAAGUUUUCACUGACUGUAUCAACUGAACUAAGCUGUAAAUAUAGUGCUGGAAGAGAAGCUGUUUCCAAAAAUGUGUCAGACUCUGGUAUGGCACCUGCAGGUGAUGAACUGGCAUCAAAUGAAGCUUCUGCAUUAGAGGGCCAGGCUUUACCACCACGUGUUGCAUGGGUGUGCUGUGAUGAUUGCCACAAGUGGCGCUGCAUAUCAGCUGCACUUGCAGAUAUUAUAGAUGAAACAAAUUGCAGAUGGACUUGUAAGGACAACACAGACAAGGCAUUUGCUGACUGCUCAAUACUGCAAGAGAAGACAAAUGCAGAAAUUAAUGCAGAGUUGGAGAUUUCAGAUGCUUCUUGUGAUGAAAAUUUUUCCAACAUACAACCUAGUUCUAAGGGAACUGGAAUUUCAAAAUUAACAGCUUCACAACAAGCCUCUUGGACGCUUAUCAAGUCUAACUUGUUUUUGCAUCGUAAACGUAAAACUCAGACCAUUGAUGAGAUCAUGGUUUGUCAGUGCAAACCUCCUUUAGAUGGCAGUUUGGGUUGUGGAGAUGCAUGUUUGAACCGGAUGCUUAACAUAGAGUGUGUCAAAGGAACCUGCCCACGUGGGGAUCUUUGUUCAAAUCAGCAGUUCCAGCAACGCAAAUAUGCCAAAUUUAAGUGCUUUCGUUGUGGAAAGAAAGGCUAUGGCUUACAGCUGCUUGAAGAUGUAUCUCAAGGGCAAUUUCUUAUUGAAUAUGUUGGGGAGGUGCUUGAUUUAGCUUCAUAUGAAGCUCGUCAAAGAUACUAUGCUUCCAGAGGUCAGAAGCAUUUCUACUUCAUGACAUUGAAUGGUGGUGAGGUAAUAGAUGCAUGUGCUAAAGGAAACUUGGGGCGCUUCAUCAAUCAUAGCUGCAAUCCUAAUUGUCGCACUGAAAAGUGGAUGGUAAAUGGAGAAGUUUGUAUUGGACUAUUUGCGAUAAGGGACAUUAAGAAGGGCGAAGAGGUAACAUUUGAUUACAACUACGUAAGAGUAUUUGGUGCUGCUGCUAAGAAAUGUGUAUGUGGUGCUCCUGAAUGCCGAGGCUAUAUUGGCGGUGAUCCAUUGAAUACUGAGGUUAUUGUCCAAGGUGAUUCAGAUGAUGAAUAUCCUGAACCUGUGAUGAUCCAAGAAGAUGGUGAAAGAGAGCUAAAUGUGGAGGAGAUUGUUUCUGAUGCUAUGAAUGUUAUGACUCUGAAACAUGAAGAGAUUUCUAUGGAAAAUCAAGAUUUGCUAAUUCAAUGUGCUCCCACAAUCCCAGACUCAAAAGAUUAUCAACAAACCAACGAAACCAUAUUCAGGCCCUUAUCUGAUGUUAACUCAUUGGAUGCUUCUUGUCAAACUGUUCCUAUUCAAACUGAAGAAACCAUGUCCAGAUCCAUAUUUGAUGUUCGGUCAUUAGAAAACUCUACGAAGAGUCUGGAUAAUAGAGAAACUGAAAUGACCAUGUGCAGACCUGUAUCUGAUCUUCAACCUUCAAAGCUUUCUUUUCAAACCUCAGUUACUAUGAAAGAAUCAGUGUCUGGUUCCAUCCUGAGGAGCAAGACUUCCCUGUCCGAGGUUGUUGAUGAUAAGCAAAAUACAUCAAAAACUUAUCCUGCAAAAUCAUCUCAUUCAAGCAGUACAAUAAAGAAGAGCAGGUCAAAUGCAAAAAACCUGGUUCCCCACAAGGUCAAAAAAUUGCCAACAAGUGUUAGUAGUGGACAUUUUGAUGGAGUUGAAGAAAAACUUAAUGAGUUACUAGAUGAGGAUGGAGGCAUUAGCAAGAGGAAAGAUGCCACUAAAGGCUAUUUGAAGCUUCUCUUUGUCACUGCAGCAGGAGGGGAUACUGUUGGAGGCUGUGCAUCUCAAAGCAUACGGGAUCUUUCCAUGAUACUUGAUGCUCUUUUAAAAACAAAAUCACGGACAGUCUUAGUGGAUAUAAUUAACAAAAAUGGAUUGCAGAUGCUGCACAAUAUAAUGAAGCAAAACCGCACUAAAUUCAACAGAAUUCCUAUAAUCCGGAAGCUUCUCAAGGUGUUAGACUUUCUUGCACUAAAAGAGAUCCUUACCCCAGAACACAUGAAUCAGGGUCCUCCAUGUAGUGGAAUGGAAAGCUUUAGGGACUCAAUAUUGAGUUUGACCAGACACGGUGAUAUGCAGGUUCAUCAAAUUGCUCGCAACUUUAGAGAUAAAUGGAUUCCUCGUACUAUCAGAAGAGUCGAGCCAUCAGAUAGGGAUGAUAGCCAACUAGAUUCACAGGGUUCCUACUGCAGUUGGUUUGAGUCAUCCAUGUACAGGCGUCGGCGUGAUCAUGCAGCAAGACAAACUGAUGCCAUCGUCUGUGUUAGUGAAUCAGUCCAACAGCCAACAUCUCCAUGUUUAGUUGAUAUCCCUGGAGAAACUUCUUCACAUCCUGAUCAACUGGUUUCCAGCUCUGCACCCUUGAUGGAUAACAAUGCGGCAAGCAGGACAAGAACACGCAAACGUAAGAGCAGGUGGGAUCAGCCAUUGGAUAUCACAGACCCAGAUCCAAGGACCUUGUGGUCAGUUGAAGAUAAAACUGUUGAAGCAGGUUCAAAAUUUAUAAAAGGUUGUUCACAACCAGAUCAUGGUUCUCAACUUGAGAAAUUAAAGAAAGAUUUUGGGACCCAGAGAGCGGAGAACAGUUCUUUUGAUGAAGUUGCAAGUGUGAAGAAUCUAAUGCAGCAGAAUGACGAUGAUGAAGCACCACCUGGAUUUGGGUCUCCUCAGAAGGAUUGCCAUCCUCAGGUUUCUUCUGAAACUACAGUGGCUACAGGUGAAGUGGUAAUGGGGUGCAUACAGGAGAGAUUCCUCUCACAAAUAAGUGUGUCAUACGGCAUUCCUUUGGCCCUCAUGCAGCAGUUAGGACGCACUGAAACUGGGGGAAACCACACUCACCCACACUGGUUGAUUGCACCUGGCAUGCCUUUCCAUCCUUUUCCACCUCUUCCACCAUAUCCCCGGGAAACACCCAGCCCUGUAAGUUCAGCACAGUCAUCUUCUAACCACAGUAUGACUCAGACUGCCAAAGAAAUACAGCUAACUAAGCGACGGCUUGAAGAGUCUCAGACGACAGAUCUGAUUCCAAAUUCAUCAGGAGAAAGGCCAGCAGAUAUACUUGAAUCAAGGCCCAGUAACUCACAUACUAUUGAAAGAGUAGGAUGGCCUUCUAAUAGCUCUGGAAGGAGGUUUUUCCGACCACAGAGGUGGAACAACCUGAGGUUUCAGAGAUAUUGCCCCCCUUGGCCCCGGGAAGGCAAUUGUCAUGGCCACCUUGGUAGCAUAAGAAAAAGGGAUUCUGGUGUAGGUGAAGGAAAUCCAAGGGAUGGUAGUGGUUUAUGCUCCUCAGAUUGUAAGCAAUUAUGAUGUUAGCUCCAGUUGUCAUUAACCACCACAUAAUAAUUGAUUGUGGUCAUUUGAUUGAUUGAAAAAGGAGUGGAGGUAGCAAGUAGGUGCUUCUUGAUGUAUUUGUAAUUCUUUUCCAUGCUAGUAUCUAUCAGAUGAAAUUUCUGUUUGUCCCCUGUGCAAACUCGUAAACUCACUGAGGGCAGUUCAUUUAUUUUGAAGGUUAUACAGCUAAUUAUAUCUGUCAAACGAAGCUCAUUUUAUCUGUUCCUUCUGUGAGCUUGAUCUUGGUCACAGUUCAGCUGUAGGGAUGAGCGUUUCUGAUUGAAAUUACGUAAUAAUACAAAAAGCAGAUUCAGCA